UCUUUAUCUUUAGUCAUCCUGACCGGAACUUAGUGGAUCGUUUUAUUAACGCUGAACGCACAACCGGGCGUGAUCCAAGAGAAACGUCAGGUACGAAAUCAAAAUGUCAAGAAACAACGAGGACACUUCGGGGUCGGGUUUUCGUAAAAUUGACGUUGAUCAGUACAACGAGAAUAAUUUUAAGGAGGAAGAUGGCGAUGGAGGUUCCACCGCACCAACAGGACCGGAUGAGAACGAAAUUCUCACACUACUUACUCAGGGUAAGAAUGUCGAGGCUCUUAUUUCUGUACUCAAAUCCGCACCACUUGGCUGUAGAAAUCAACAGACAAAGGACAGUGCAAGAAAUCUUACCUUAAAAGUACUACUGAGCAUAAAAUCCAGUCAAAUAGAUGAUUGCUUAACACAAUUAGAUCGUGACUUGAUAGAUGUAUUGAUGAAGUACAUAUACCGUGGUUUUGAAAUACCUUCGGAAGGAAGCAGUGGACAUUUGUUGGCUUGGCACGAGAAGGUCUACAACGUCAGUGGAAUUGGAAGUAUUGUACGAGUAUUUUCAGAUAGUAAAAGGGCGUGAACUCUUGCAAUAAUAUUGUUCUUCACAAUAUCCAUUCGUUUGGGAACCUUUUCUUACUCGCCAAUCCUCAAUAAUAUCGUCGGACGUAGAUAAUCAAAUCAUACAACUUUUCCAUAUAUGAAUAAAACAACGUAAUUGUGUACAAUUGUCAAUUAAGUAAUUUUUAUUUCUUUUACUUACAGCGCAAAAUAAUA